AUGAACAACAGUAGUAAUAAUAAUAAUAAUGCAUUCAAUGAUAUUAUAAAGAGUCACUUUGAGUUCUUGAUGAGCAUGCCAGAGAUAAAGACAUUGGGCACUAUUUUCCCAUCAUUGCGCACAUACUUGGUCGACUGCUUGGACUUGCAUCGCGACCUCCUCGUCUCGUCAAACUUCCCAAGUGACGCAAUAUCAGACUGUCCUGGCGUCAAUCUAGACACAUUGUUAACAGUGCCCAAUCUGUUUAUAAACAUCAACAACAAUAACAAUAAUAAUAACAACAAUAAUAAUAAUAAUAAUAGUCAACUUGCAUUGUCAUCAUCAUCAAUAUCAAGAAGCAAUAAUGAUACGACGAGCAAUGUUACUUCACAGACACCUCCGACGACAAAGACAUCAACUACAUCAACAUCGACGACAACCACAACUACAACAACUACAUCACAAGCACAAUCACAAGCACCAACAACACCAACAAAGACAUUAACGCCAACAACAUCGACUCCGACACGAACAAAUGUACCAGCAACACCAGCAACGGUGGUGCCUGUAUCCACACCAGUCCGAAGCAACACAACUCCAGUCACACCAACAAAGUACAGCAACGACGUUAUCAAUCAGUACUUGGCCAAUGGAUCGACACAAGGGAUUUCAAAGCCUGUGACCACACCAACAGCUGCGACUCAACCAAACGACCUUUCUCGUGAAAAGACAUCACCAAUGCUUCAUUCAUCGGGCACAGCCAAACCAACAGCAUUGGCAUUGGCAUUGGCAGCACCCAGCUCAACAGCAUCGUCAGUGGCACCAUUGGGUUACCCCCAGACACCCAAGUCUACAAAGAAGAGAUCGCGAUCAGAGUCAGAGGUGGAGCAAUCAACUUCGCCAAUUCUGGAACAGGUGGCGGUGCCAUUCUCCUCGAUCACAUAUGUGCCGACCAACUUCAACAUGGACGACAAGAACCCAUCGAGGAUGAAGAAGUUUGUGAAGCAGGCGACAAAGGAUCAAGAAAAGAAGAUAGACAGGGCACUGCACGAGUCCCUAGAGUUCCUGGGCAAGGAGAGGCUAAACACAGCCAACAACACGCAGAAGUUUAGAAUCAAAGGAACUCAAGGCAACAUCUAUAUCAUCACUAUUGGACUGAUGCCCCACUGUUCUUGUCCUGACUUUGCCAAACGUAUCGAGUAUUGUAAACAUCUGGCCUUUAUAUAUCUAAAGGUCUGUGGAGUGCCAAGGGACCAUUACAUACUCUAUCAGAAGGCUCUGACCAUCGCAGAGUUGAAGGUCGUACUCACAUCACCUGAGAUGGCCAAUACAGCGCACAAAGACCUACCACUUGGAUCAUUCACAGAGACACCAUAUGGACCAGAGACACCAGAGGGCCCGGUUGGCAGUGGAGCGAGGGCGACACCAACAUCAGUGGGCAACACACCAUCAAAGUCACCAAUAACGCCAAAGCACGAGGCAACAAUGUUGGCACUGCAACAGCAAUACAGUGAUUCGAUCAGGAAGGAGACAGAGAAGAUGCAACCAAUGGUAUUGGAUACACCAGAGUCUACGCACAAUCACACUGGCAAAUCGCCAUCACCUUCGACACGUAUAUACACUCCCAACAAGGUUGUUCAAUCAUACAAGUCGAACAGUUACAUCGAUUGCGAUUGA